CACUAUAAGAGCCCCGGGGCGAGGCUGACGAGUCGUCACUCACACCUCGACGAGCUUUGCGCAAACAUCAGCAGCAAACAGCAAGAUGAGCUUCUCCACAGUGGUUCUGGUCUUGGCCGCCCUCGCCGGCGUCGGCAUGGCGGGGAUCGUCUCUCCUCUGGCCGCCCCUCUCGCCGCCGUGCCCUACGCCACCUCCUACGCCGGCCACACCGUCACCCACGCCGUCGCAUCCCCAGUGGCCGCCCCGAUCCCGGUAGCCGCUCCGUUGGCCAGGGUGGUGGCCGGCCCCCUUCCCGCCCCUCUGGCCGGGCCAUUCGCCGCCCCCCUGGCUGCACCGUUCGCUGCUCCCUACGCCGCCCCCUACGCCUCCUACGCCGCCCCCCUAGCAGCGCCCUUUGCCGCCCCCUACGCCGCCGCCCCCCUGGCCGCCCCCUACUCACCGUUCCCUCUCCCAGCCGCUUACUCCGGCCUGCCUGCACCACUGUUCCUCAAGAAGUAGAAGAUCUCAUCACCGAAGAGCUGCAUUCUUUCAUCUCAUAAAAUAAACUAAUAUCACACAUCA